AUGACCACUCCGGCAUUGAACAAAACCAAUAUCAAAAGCUCAAAAACCCUCAACCAGAACACCUCACAGAAUACAGAAAGCACGAUGGAAAAGAUAAACUCUACCAUCCUGAAGACGGCUCUAGAAGCCAUCCCCAAACUGACCGCUGAUAACUACACCUUGUGGAAAAAUCUCAACGGAACUCUUUCAGACACUCAAGAUGUUCAACUCCGAACUAUUAUCACCUCUAAAAUCGAUUCAUCGAUUCAUCCCAACGUCAUCACUCAUGAGAAUGCAAAGAAGGCUCGCGAGAUCUGGAAAUCCAUCACCAGUUAUUUUGCAUCGACUCAACCGGCCAAUCGAGCUCAAGUGUUCAACGAGCUCUUGGAUCUUAGCUUCAAUCAAUCAGACAUUCAAGGAUUCAUCACCACUGUCAGAUCGAUCAACUCCCGGCUGUUCGAAAUCGGAAUCGACAUCCCUCAGGAUCUCAUCACCUACAUCCUCCUUAAAAAGCUUCCGCCUUCUCUCUCGAAUGUCAGUCAACAAAUCACGCAUUCCGACAAAAGUCUCACUACGGAUCUUGUCCUGGAUCAUCUCAAGUUAUACAGCAACGAUCAGUCAGCGAUCGCCAAUCGUGGUUCAGGAUCAAGAUCUGAUCCGAUAGCCUUGUUCUCGGAUGCUUCAAAAAAAUGCAAGAAAACGGCCCACAACGUUCUCUCGAACCAUCCAGAAGCAAAAUGCUGGAUGUUGUAUCCCCAUCUCAGACCGGCCCAUGAAAACAAAUUCAACCGAUCAGAAUCAACGAAGAAGGACUAG